AGAUACCUUGGUGCGAAAUUCACCUGCUUUAGUAUCAGUUUGGGCGUGAGACUGUUGGUAACGGAAGGUUAAUUUGAAAAUUUGGUCAGUGAUGAAGGAAUUGGCUGGGUGAUUUUGUGGAUAGUGUAACAGGAUAAUUUGUGAAAGAAGUGAAAGAAGAGAAAAAUAUGAUAGUGAGACAUUUAGUGGUUAUUUUAUUGGGUGUUUUUGUGCUGGCUGACGCUCAAGUCAUUCCCGCCCAUCUUCUGCCCUGCUAUCGUGGGAAUGAAACCCAACCAUGGCUCCCCAAUUCCCUGCCCCUCCUCAUUGAACUGGUGAGGAAGAUUGAGGAUGCCCGGCCCACAUCUCUGGACGCCAGAACCCUCAGUGUUCAGCUCUUCCAUCGAUUGCGCUUCGAUGGGAUUGAGAAGGCGCCUGGUGUCCAGGAGAGUGAGUUCGUGACCCCAUUUGGAGUGACUGGAAUCAUGGCCCCAAAGAUGAGAGUCCUCAGACAGCUCAUCCCACCCCCAUCAGGAGAAUCUGAACUUGAACAGAUCCUCUCGCAGUUCGAUAUCUGUGCCCUCCAUCGCCUCAUAAGUUCCUCAGUGGAACCCUUCGAGAGAGGAGAUGAAGUCCGAACCUGUCCCCUCAACCUCGCAACCCCUGAAGACAGGAUCAGAGCUCCCUGGAUCACCAGGAACAAAGCUCAAAAUGCGACUUCUGGAGCUCGCAUACAGUUCACGAGACCUGUCUCCCGGUGUCCCCUGGAAGUAGGUGUAGCUCAGACCCGGAACUACGGAACUCUGUCUCCGGGAGUGUUUAUAGCGGCUGUUGCUGCUGGUCUGCAGCCUCAAAAUGUGCAGUUGAGUGAAUUUGUGGCCGCUCAAAAAGAUGCUAAGGAUCGCCUGUAUGAGAAUCUGGAGACAUUGGAUGAGGUGAAUAUUUCUGAGAAGGUUGGGAAAUUGCUGAAAUCUCUAGAUUCUGUGGACAACACGUAUGUAGCGGGUUUGGCUGGAGAUUUGGCAGAAGUUUGUGUGUACCAGGGACCUUUCGUGGGGACUAACAUGGCUGUAGGCGUUCCUGGAAAUUGGAACGAUACGUUCUUCCCACGGCAGAAGUUCAUGAUUGAAGGUCAUGCAGCCAGGUGGGAGAUGACCCAAUCUGAACUGAUAACUGGGAUCGAUGCAAUGUUUGUCUCCCAAGAGGUAUCUGGCUGGGUAGAUCGAGUAAGGAGAAUUCGUCUGUCGCAAUUGCUGGACAUGUAUUACAGUCCCAGAGGGAUACCUAGUCUGUCAGUUGAGACAACAGGUGGACGAACCAAAGGAAUGGAUAUUCCGGAAGUAGAUCCUGAGGUUCGACCUUUUGCAACUACUGGGAAUAGCAUCUUGAAAGCAGUCUUUGAAGAUCCUAGGGAAUGGGCUGAAGAAACCCCUCGACCUUUUCCAAUUAACCCAGACAUCAACAAUGCCUGUGACAGGAAAGCCAUUAUUGACCAGAUUGAUCGCCAAAAGCUCAAAGAAGAAACUUUUGCCUUCGCUCAGAUCCUACAAUAUGCUACUAGCAGUCUAGGAAUAACCAACGAGCGUCUCAGAAGGAACUGUGACGCUGCUGUGGACAGGUUCUUCUCAGAAGCACCACUAAUUCUAGAUACCCUUCCUCAGUGCAAUCAAAUAGGAUCGGAUUCAAGAAAACCAGCUAUGGAUUUGUUUAUGGUCAUCGACGGAAGUCGAAGGCAGUAUGAAAAUCUUCAGCUGACAAACUACCUUACAGAGAUCUCUGAAGUAUCCACAUUUGGAUCAACAUUUACACUGAUUCACGGAGGAACAGGAGUCGUUAUGGUCAAUCAAACCAAUAGCACGAGCAGAACAUUUGAGCAACUCCGUAACUUUACAGAUCCAUUCCCUCAAACCCUAUCCUUGUCAAGAUCUCUCCAUACGCUUCUAAAUCUUCUUAGACAACAAACCGAUCAAGAGAUCAGGGAAGGUAUCCAAGUGGCACGUUCUCAAGUUGCUCUGGUCUUCUCCCAAUCCCAAAGAAUUACCCAAAAUGACUUUGACAGUGCCAGGAGAAUUAUUCAAGGAUCCCUUCAAAGAUUCCCAGAUCUGUAUUUUGUCUUUGUUACAUCCGACGUUGAUACUUUCCAAAAUCUCAUUCAGCACAAUCAAACCCAUACCACAGGGAUUACAGAGAGAUUUACAAACCUAGUUUAUCCGGAACACUACACAAUCAUCCGGUCAGAUAAUAUUUCUCCAAGUGACUUCAGUGAACGGUUGGUAAAAGAAUUCCGGAAGAUACCUAAACGAAUGGUUGCUGCCCACUGCUUGGAUUCCGAUGUCAAUUACACAGUUCCUACACAGGAAUACUUCCAGAUUAGCAGAUAUAGGUACGAAGACUACGUUGGACCCUAUCAUGAGCUUAUCUACCGCAUAAGUCCGUUCUACUUUCGCUACUCUGAAGAAGUCAACGUACAGUUUCUAGGGGUUGACUACGGAGGACUUACGAUUUGUGUAUCACGAGAUCCUUCAACAGCUCCUGAUCACUGUCAAAGCCUUAAGGGAAUGGAUGACGUUUGGUUCAAUCUGACUAGGCCAUGUGGGAACGACUUUAUAACCUGCCGACCUAUUUUCUAUUCAGUCAACGUCGACAUGUCGAAUGUUAGAUGUUCUGAAAACGACUGCCGAUAUCCGGAUCAAGUCCGUUUCCAUAUUCAACAUCAAGGACUAACUUGCGAAAGAAGUUCCUCAGGCCCAUACCACCGCUUGAAUAUAUUUGUUUUUUUAGCCUCAGUAAUUUCAGUGUUCCUUGUAAAGCUCAACUAAGUGCCUUUUGUAAUAACCCAUUUUCUUUGAUCUUAAGAACAAAUACAUUUUUUUUAUUAUCUACUUCA